AUGCACAUUUUAUCAAGACUGACAUUUACUUCUGGAUGCCCAUCCAAAUGCAUCUGUGCCUCUGACCUACUAAGCUGUACAAAAGUUAGCCUGACCAAUGUGCCGGAAAAUCUGCCAGCCACAUCUGCCAGUAUGGACCUGAGCCAUAACUCCAUCGCAUCUCUUCGUGACGACUGGUUGGCCAACAUCCCACAUCUGCACAUUCUGCGACUUAGCCACAAUCGAUUAAAAUCUCUGUCAGUCGGUGCCUUUCGCAACGCCACCGAGCUGAGACACCUAGACCUGUCCUCAAACCAUCUCCAGACUGUGCAGAUGGAAUUUUUCCAGACACUCUUUAGACUGGAGGAACUUCUUUUAUACAACAACUUCAUCACCUAUGUGGAGGAGAUGGCCUUCAACCGCCUGGCCAACAUCCGUAAAAUCUACUUGAGUUGGAAUAACCUGACCAGCUUCGCAUUCAGUUCCAUGCAGAAUCUGACAAACCCCCAUCUCCGUACCCUAGAUCUGUCCUCCAACAAGUUUGCAGAGUUGCCGGUGGAGGAGGUUUCCUCACUUCCUGCCUUCAUCAAGAAUGGGUUGUACUUGCACAAUAAUCCGCUAACUUGUAACUGCGCCCUGUUCAUGCUGCUCAGCCACUGGGAGCACCGCGGCUUCUCUUCUGUACUGGAAUUCUCCCAGGAACACACCUGUCUCUACAUGGGAAAGCGACGAGCGGUCGUUCGGAUCUUGAAGUCUCAGAGUGGGUUUGAUAAUUGCUCUGUGGGGCUAGGGCAACACAUUCCCGACCCGGGACUCAAAGUUCUUGUUGGGAAACGACUCAUGGUGACUUGUAAUACCAGCUUGCCACAGGAAAACACAACCUUCUUAUGGAUUUCGCCAGCCUACGACUUUAUUUUUCCUCCGGGGAACAGUAACCAAAGCUUUAAGAUACAUCCCAACGGCACUUUGGAAAUUCACAAGGCUCAGCCGUGGAAUUCAGGAGUCUACCUGUGCAUUGCAGUUAACAGAAGACUUAGUUAUAAUGCGACCCAUGAGGUAAAUAUUACUGUGCAUUUUCCCAAGCCUGAAGAGUCCUUCAACACUGGUCUCACCACCCUCUUGGGUUGCGUCGUUAGCCUUGUCUUGGUUUUCAUCUAUCUCUACAUGACUCCCUGUCGCUGUUUCCGUUGCUGCUUAAAGCCUCCGCAGACUCCAAGUCCUCCGCAGGAGAGCAGCGCCCAGUCCUCCAUCCUUUGUGGGACCCCUCCAGCCACCGAAGGACCCAACAGCCGCAAAGCUGGAGCCAGUCGACACGUGGUCUUCCUUGAGCCGAUAAAAGAAGGACGCGUGGAGAAGCACCCAAAGAUUCUGCAGCUGCGAACGGAUUCCGAUUCCGCAAGCUCGGUCUUUUCAGAUAUUCCAAUUGUUCAGACGUAA